AUGGAUGCGUUCUUGGACGCGAUGGAAAAAGCGAUUGCGAAUGCGAACGACGAGGACGAGGACACGGAGGACAAGAAGCGCAUCACUUCUCCUUCCUCUGCUUCGAGCAAAAUGGUGUCUUUGCAAAAAGCGGAAAAGUUACUGGAACGCACGCGACUCGGCUUGCUCGCGUUCGCGGUUUUACUCAAAACCAACGGCGUCAAUUCGGACGAACACGAAGGUUUACGACUUGAGAGGAAACGGGUCGAGGCGUAUUCCAGGAAAAUAGAGGAGACGAAGAAACGAAUAACGAAGAAGAACGAAGAAGAAGAAGAAGAAGAAGAAAUAGGAGAGAUUAAAGAGGAGAGUAGAAAGAAUAAUACUCGUCAUCGCGAAGACGGGGAGAUCCCGCGCGCGAACGGUCGCGUGGCGUCUCGCUUUGUCUUCAACGCGCUCGGCGGAUCGAAAACGGCGGAGAAGAACCGGUUGAAGCAAGAAGCGCAGGCAAAGUUAAGACGGAGCAUAGAAGAGGACGUGAAGAGUAAGUUCGAGGAGAGAGUGAACGAGAGGUAUAGAGAAAAGGACAAAAGCAGAGGGACGGGUGAGAAGCAAAAGACGAAGAAAAAGAAGACAAACGACCACGCCGAGCCGGAAAUCGAAGACGGCGAGUACAGCGACUGA